UCCUUUUUGCAGGCUGCAGGUUCGUAGUUCCCGGUUUUUUUGGUGUCUGUCCCCAGUGGCUAAAGUUGGUUCAGUGGGUUGUGUAGGCUUCCUGGCGGAGGGGACUAGUGCCUGUGUUCUGGUUGAUGAGGCUGGAUGUUGUCUUUCUGGUGGGCAGGUCCACGUCUGGUGGUGUGUUUUGGGGUGUCUGUGGACUUAUUAUGAUUUUAGGCAGACUCUCUGCUAAUGGGUGGGGUUGUGUUCCUGUCUUGUUUGUUGUUUGGCAUAGGGUGUCCAGCACUGUAGCUUGCUGGUCGUUGAGUGAAGCUGGGUGUUGGUGUUGAGAUGGAGAUCUCUGGGAGAUUUUCGCCGUUUGAUAUUACGUGGAACUGGGAGGUCUCUUGUGGACCAGUGUGCUGAAUUGGCUCUCCCACCUCAGAGGCACAGCACUGACUCCUGGCUGCAGCACCAAGAGCCUUUCAUCCACAGGGCUCCUUAAUUUGGGAUGAUUCCUUGUCUAUUCAGGUAUUCCACAGAUGCAGGGUAUAUCAAGUUGAUUGUGGAGCUUUAAUCCGCUGCUUCUGAGGCUGCUGGGAGAGAUUUCCCUUUCUCUUCUUUGUUCUCACAGUUCCCAGGGGCUCAGCUUUGGAUUUGGCCCCGCCUGUGCGUGUAGGUCGCCGGAGGGCGUCUGUUCUUUGCUCAGACAGGACGUGGUUAAAGGAGCCGCUGAUUCGGAGGCUCUGGCUCACCCAGGCCGGGGGGUAGGGAGGGUCACGGAGUGCGGGGCGGGCCUGCAGCGGCAGAGGCCGGCGUGACGCUGCAGCCUGAGGCGCGCCGUGCGUUCUCCCGGGGGAGUUGUCACUGGAUCCCGGGACCCUGGCAGUGGCGGGCCGCACAGGCUCCCCGGAAGGGCGUGUGGCUAGUGACCUGUGUUCGCACACAGGCCUCCUGGCGGCGGCAGCAGCGGCCUUAGCGUCCCAUGUCCGUCUCUGGGCUCUGCAGUCUUAGCCGCGGCUCGCGCCCGUCCCUGGAGCUCUCUCAAGCAGGGUUCUUAAUCCCCUCUCCUCGUGCACCAGGAAACAAAGAGGGACGUAAAAGUCUCUUGCCUCUUCGGCAGGUCCAGACCCCUCCCCGGACUCUCUCCCGGCUAGCCGCGGCGCACCAACGCCCUGCAGGCUGUGUUCACGCCGCCAACCUCAGUCCUCUCCCGGCGCUCCGACAAAAGCCGGAGCCUCAGCUCCCAGUCCCGCCCGCCCCGGCGGGCGAGCAGACAAGCCUCUCGCUGGUGAGUGCCGGUCGGCCCGAUCCUCUGCGCUGGAAUCUGUCCGCUUUGCUCUCCGCACCCCUGUUGCUGUGCUCUCCUCCGCUGCUCCCAAGCUCCCCCACUCCGCCUCCCGAAGUCUCCACCCGCGAAGGGGCUUCCUAGUGUGUGGACACUUUUCCUCCUUCACAGCUCUCUCCCGCUGGUGCAGGACCCGUCCCUAUCCUUUUGUCUCUGUUUAGUUUUUUCUUUUGCCCUAACCAGGUACGUGGGGGGUUCCUUGCCUUUUGGGAGGUCUGAGGUCUUCUGCUAGCGUUCAGUAGGUGUUCCGUAGGAGUUGUUCCACGCGUAGAUGUAUUUCUGGUGUAUCUGUGGAGAGGAAGGUGAUCUCCGCGUCUUACUCUUCCGCCAUCUUCCCGGAAGUC